AUGAACGAAAAUGCUGAGGCUGCGCCAAAGAAGAGGACUCGCAAGAGAAAGGCCGAUGCGGAGAAUAACGAAGAAGCCGGCGAGCAGCCGGAGCCAAAGAAGUCGCGCAGGAAGCGCUCAGUGACGCCUGAGGAUGCCGAAGAACAACUGGUUGAUCCCAGUCAGAUGACCAUGGGCGACUUGACCAAGGAUUUACGCAUCGGCAAGAAGUUCAGUCGUCACGACGAACUACGUCAGAGAAUUAGGGACAAGCGCUCCCGUGCAAGAUUAAUCAAACUCGGACGCAUCCCAGCGGAAGAUCAAUCACAAAAUGGUGGCUCGAAUGCCGGGACGCCAGCUCCUGGCGCCAAUGGGGACAAUUCGGCCACCCCAACCCCAUCAGAUCUGAAAUCGUCGCAGCCGGGAGAUGGGGAUGGCGUUCAAUACCGCAUGGUUGAUGGUCAGAUUGUUGUCGACACGCGUUCACUUUUGGUGGACCGUCAGGCGCGAGCCGCAGCCCAAAAUGGCAACAUUGAAGAGAUCGAGGAGAACGACUUCACGCGCCCUACCACAUCCGCGACCUACAUGAAGCCGCACAAAGUUGGGCCGAACCACUGGACCGAUGAUGAGACGGAGCGCUUCUACGAGUUCCUGCGCAAGUUUGGCACUGACUUCAAUAUCAUUGCGGCCAUGUUCGGCGGCAAGAAGACGCGCCGCGAAGUCAAGCUGAAGUUCAACCGCGAGGAGCGCUACUGCCCCAGGCGCAUUAACGCGUGCAUUGUGGGCAAGAAGGAGUGGCACAUGGACAUGGAGGAAAUCAAAAACCACACUGGCAAGGAGUACGAGGACUCGAAGGACAUCGAGGCGGAGCUGGCGCGCCUAGCAGCCGCGCACGAGGCCGAGGAGAAGCGUGCGGAAGAGGAAAUUGCCGAAGCGGCACGCCAGAAGCGGGAGGCCCUCUUUGGCAACAGAAACAGCCACAGGGCGGGAGGGACCGGCUCCGUCAACAAAGGCAAGGAGGCCGACAAGGAGAACGGGACAGCAACAGGCGAGGAGGACCCCGAGGUCGAUAUUCAGGACAUGGCACAGCAACAGACUGGCAAAGCCAAGCCGAAAGGCCGUGGGAGAGGGAAGCGCGGGUAUGGGAAGGCGGCACAGGCGAUGGCGAGUGGUUUUGGCUCGUAA